AAAUGACGUCAUUUUAUGUAUGACGUCAUAUGUAAAGUGACGUCAGAAAAGGUAAUGAAAGUCCGGCCCAAGCUUCCACAGGCACAUAAAUGUCAUAAACGACGUGCAAAACAAUGUAGCAGAAAGGUCGACCAGUGGGCCUAUCGCCGUCUUUGACGGCAAACAACUAAUACAAUCAUGUCAAACUUGAACGAUACAAGGUGUCCAGAUUGCGGGUUAUUCUUGCCUUGUCACUGCAAAUCAGAUAGAACUGAUUUUUAUGGCCCCGUUCACGAAGAAGUGAUCGAAGAACCUGUAGUAAUACUUCACAAGCGACAGAAACACGCAAGGAAUGUUCCAAAUCUAAGUGUGCCAAAUGACAAAAGCAAGCCAGACAACUCAAACACUCUACUUGACAUUGCAACUAUGGCCGGCGAAAAUGCAGCCUCCGUCACCUCAAAACAACCUAAAGGAUUUCUCCGUGAAUUGUUCAGUGCCAAUCCCGAAAACAAGCUUGCACUUAAACUGUUUGGAAAUAAAGCUGCCGUACUUUUGGAACAGCGACGRCAGAAAAACAAAGGUGGCUCAGGGGUGAUCCAUCCAUUUAGCACGUUUCGCUGGUACUGGGACAUUCUCCUUGUAGCAUUUAUUUCACUGCAUGUCAUACUUCUUCCUGUCAACAUCGCAUUCCUUAGUGAUGAUCUUUCUAUUCACUGGCUUGUYAUAAAUGGAAUGUCAGACUUGUUCUUCAUUGUGGACAUCUUUCUUAAUUUCCGAACUGGUUUGGUCGACCCGAAUAAUAAAGAUGAGGUUAUUUUAGAUGCUUAUAUAAUACGAAGGAAGUAUCUUAAAGGGUGGUUUAUCAUCGACCUCUUGUCCUCGCUACCGUUUGAUUAUGCCUACUUUGUAGCCUCGUCGACAUCCACCCAGCAGACUCUUAUUAAAGCCUCACGUGCGUUAAGGAUUCUUAARCUCGCUAAAGUUCUUAGUUUACUGCGACUAUUGAGAGUUUCAAGAYUGGUGMGAUACAUGAAACGAUUCGAAGAGCUGYUGAACAUAGCCGGUGGUCAGCUUCGUAUCGCUAAGCUGAUUGGUUGCAUGAUGCUCYUAUCUCAUUGRAACGGUUGUGUUCAGUUUCUGGUUCCYUAUUURCAAGGCUUUCCUYAUAACAGCUGGGUGGUCAUCAAUGGUCUUGAUGACCAGCCUCCGGUGGUGCAGUACAGCUGGUCACUAUUUAACGCCAUGUCCCAUAUGCUUUGUAUUGGCUAUGGAAGAUAUCCACCCCAAAACACCACGGAGCUAUGGCUAACGAUCCUUAGUAUGACCAUAGGAGCGACAUUUUAUGCUGUGUUUAUUGGAAUUAUGUCAGGAUUAGUGAUGUCCAUAGAUUCCUCCGGUCGACUUUACACUGAAAAGCUCAAUCAAGUAGAAGAAUACAUGCGAUAUAGAAAGCUUCCUUUACCCAUAAGACAUCGCGUGCAAGAAUAUUAUGAACACCGCUUUCGUCAUAAGUUAUUCAACGAGGACUUGAUUCUUGGGGAACUMUCUAAAUCACUCAGAGAGGAAAUCCUGGUUCACAAUGUCCAUACACUUCUCGCUACAGUUCCAUUUUUUAGCUCGGCGAAUAUGUCAUUUUUAUCAGACGUUGUAACCAARUUGAAGUUUGAAGUKUACCUGCCUGGCGAAUAYAUCUGYAAACGUGGUCGAAAGGGAGACAAAAUGUUUUUCAUACAAAAAGGAAUAGUUGACAUUUUGACUAAAGAUAAYACACUUGCAACAAGUCUAGGAGACGGCUCUCAUUUUGGAGAAAUUUGUCUCCUUACAACACAAGCUCGUCGAGUUGCCUCAGUUCGCGCAGCCACUAUUUGUGAUUUGUACUCGUUGUCUUCUUGCAAUUUCCAUGAGGUGUUGUCAGAGUAUCCACAGAUGAAAGAAAUGCUGGAGGAAGUUGCUAAAGAAAGGCUCGCUCGUAUUGGUAUACAACCAGAYCUAACUCAGAAACUUGUCGAUUCAUCUGAUUUAGAAAAGACGGCGUUUGAUGACCACGCCUUUAUCAAUUCUGGAUACUGCCRUUUGUCAGACAGAAAAACUAAGUCUGAACCUAAGCUUAAAACUACUAAAAAGUCUUGGAAGGAAAACUUCAAAUUAAGGAAGCCUUCAGUCAAUUUGUCUCAAGCUUUCGUCAAGUCGGUAGCUCCAGGUUUAGCAUCUCUUGCACAAGCAGCUGACAAAAAGGAAGUUUCACUUGAAAUCGUGGAAGAAGAAGACGAAGAGGUAGAUGACGAAGACGUUAUAGCCAUGACGGCUGACUUUUAAUGUGCUCUGUUUAUU